AUGAAGAUCAGAAUUUGACAUGUUGCUUUUUCCUUACAGUUUUUAAAAAGAGCCAUGAAGAGUGAGAUCAGUGUCUGCCAAUUUUCUGUAGUUUUGUGACAUUGGAAAACCCGCAACCCCACGUUAUCCCUCAAUAUUACAUGUCUUCAUGCACCUUUGCUGUCUGCUUUUUGUACAGGUUGAGCAUCCUUUAUCCGGUAUUCCAAAAUUCAUUCUUCGAUUCUAAGAUGCACUAUUUUCAGAAAUAUAAAAAUCUCUAAAAAUGGAGUGCACCUUCGAAUCGCAGGUGUUAUAGUUUUGUUCUGUUGGUGGUACUGAAAUUAGUGUGUCUCACAAUCAGUGGCUUCUUAGAAUAAAAUAAACGCAGUACUACAAAAUCCAAAGUCAUCCGCAAGGGUGGUUGAGGGUGAUGCACAAAAUUGUUUUAAAAUAUUGUAUAAAAUUAGCUUCAGGCUAUGUGUAUCAGGUGUAAAUGAAACAUUAGUUAGAUAGAUAGACAGAUAGAUAGAUAGAUAGAUAGAUAGAUAGAUAGAUUUAGGCCACAUUUUCAUGAUAUCUCAUUAUGUACAUAGAGGCAAGUAAAAUAUAACCCAAAAUACAGAACACUUCUGGUACCAAGGAUUUCGGAUAACACAUACUCAACCUGUCUUUCUUUUUGUAAGGAGUUCUAACUACACUCAGAAAUAAUUGAACAGCCUUCUGAGUUGAAAUCAGGAAGCAUGGGACAAAGUGCUUUUUGUUUUCUGUGGCUGAGGGCAAGUUCCUGCUUAUUCUCCUCCCUCCUAGCAUUUUUAGCACACAAGUAGCUUGGGAAAUGAUAGAAAAAGCAAAUCAGAAGGCAAGGAGAAGAGACAGAAAGUGUAAUGAUAUCUAAACUACAUGAGAUCAGUUGAUGAAAGGUUGGGAUGUGUGUAUUAAAGUGUAGGUGCUUUUAUACUUUUGAGAGUUGUCUAUCCUCUUUAAAAAUGCAACACUUUUGUUUUCCUCCUAGGUAAGAGGAAGUGUCAAUAUGAGCCACAUGGAGGAGAAUUUUAGCCGCGAAGAGGCGAGAUCCCAACUCGUGACCAAAAGGAAACUCCUAAAGAUGCUGAGCUUAAGUCCUGGGCACAGCCAAGCACGUGGAACGGAAGGGAGGGAGAAGAAAAUCCCUUCCAUGACGUGGCCAGUGAAACCAGUACACACCAUCAAGAAACGCAAAGCCUUCCUGGUCCAUCGGGGGACCCAGACGGAAGAAAUCCCUGACAUCUGCAUCGAGUGUGGGAAGGUCUUCAUUCAGAACUCGAGCCUGAUCAGCCCGUGGCCCGUCCAGCCUGACGAUAAACCACAUAAAUGUUCCGAAUGCGGGAAAAGCUUUACCGUUCGUUCCAGUCUGAAUCGACACCAGAGGAUCCACACUGGGGAGAAGCCUUACAUCUGCCUCGACUGUGGCAAACGCUUCAAUGACAAGUCCAACCUCACGCAGCACCAGCGCAUCCACACUGGGGAGAAGCCGUAUGAGUGCAUCGACUGCGGCAAAAGCUACAGCCGCAGCUCGCACAAGAAGAAGCACCUGAAGGACUCGGACGAGAUGCAGGAGGUGUUCGGCGAGGGGGAGGGCGCCGAGGUCAGUGGCCUCAUCGAGAAGCCCAAGUCGAAACAGAAAGCGGAGGUGCUGAACACCUGCACGGAGUGCCUUCGGAGCUUCAGCCACAAUGCUGACCUGAUCAAGCACAUGCGCAUCCACACGGGGGAGAAGCCCUAUAAGUGCAACAUCUGUGAAAAGAGCUUCAACGUCAGCUCCAACCUCUUUAGGCACCAGCGGAUCCACACGGGCGAGAAGCCCUACGUGUGCUCCGAGUGUGGGAAUUGCUUCACUGACAAAUCUACCUUGGUCCAGCACCACCGGAUCCACACCGGCGAGAAGCCUUACGCCUGCAGAUUCUGCGGCAAGUGCACUCUGUACAGCUCGGACCUGAUCAACCACCAGAGAAUCCACACGGGAGAGAAACCCUACAAAUGCUCCGACUGCGGCAAAACAUUCAGUGUCAGUUCCAACCUGAGUCGGCACCAGAGGAUCCACACGGGUGAGAAACCGUACCUCUGCUCAGAGUGCGGGAAAAGUUUCACCGACAAAUCAACUUUGGUGCAGCACGUGCGGACCCACACCGGAGAGAAGCCCUUCCAGUGCAUUGACUGCGGAAAAACCUUCAGCCGCAGCUCCCAUCACAAGCGACACAUGAAGAGCCCGCCGGGAAAAGAGCAAGGCAAAUGCAGCCACCCUGAAAGUGGCGUCUCCACCAACCCAUCAGCUCCCGGAAAAGCCAAAAAGGCCAGAGUCUCCAAGAAGCAGCGCCCUCCGUUUGAAAUCCCCCACACAUGCGCUGAGUGCUGGCAGAGCUUCAACCAGACCUCGGACCUAGUCAAGCACAUGCGCAUCCAUACGGGGGAGAAGCCCUUUGAGUGUAACCACUGCGGGAAAUGCUUCAAUGUCAGCUCCAACCUUAUCAGGCACAAGAGAAUCCACACUGGGGAGAAACCGUACACCUGCGCCGACUGCGGGAAGAGCUUCACUGACAAAUCAACCCUCACUCAGCAUAACCGCAUCCACACUGGGGAGAAACCCUACACGUGCACUUAUUGCGGGAAAAGUUUCAGCCGCAGCUCUCACCACAAGAGACACCAGCGCAUUCACGCGGGAGAAAACCCUGUCUCUUUUCUGCCAUUGUGGCCUUACCCCAACCAGAUAUAUUGAGAGGCCCUUUCGACUGUCAUUUGAUUGGCUAGAAUUUCCAUUGGACCUUUGUCCAAAUGUUUCCCUGACCUACUCAUGACUUUGUGGGAUUUAUUCAGUGUACAGUCAGCCCUCCACAUUUGUGAAGCUUACUUCUAAAAGGUACCAAAUCCAUUUGAACAAUUUUACAGGAGUGCUGACAAUAUUUGGCUUAGAAAUGGAGAUGAGCACCAACCCCCAGAGUCAGACAUGACUGGACUUAACGUCAGAGGAAACCUUUACCUUACCUUACUGACAAUAUGCAUUCUUUGGCUAUACAAUGCAAUUUUCCAAGCCCUGUACUGACAUGAUUUGAUACAUUUUGAGAGUUUUGAUCUGUACAUAACAUUCUGCUCUUAGCCAACAUUGUGCUGCCACCUAUAACUCAUUUUUCAAUUUUUUUUUGGAUUUGGUACCUUUUGGAAACAAACUCCACAUUUACAUGUUUAACUUUUUGUAGAUUGGAUAACACAGCUCCCCACUCCCAAUUUAUUUUCUUGGUGUCUUGGUUUUUAGGCCUGUUCCUGGGGUUCUGUGGGGUGCUGAUUCAGAACACUGCACUGAACACAUCAGCUCUAGUUUCUUAGAUACGGUUAUCGUGACUUUCUAUCGGUGAGCACAUGGCGACUGGUAGAUCACAUAAGUUCUGUAUCUCAAAAACUAUAUUUGAUAAGGGAAACUGGUGCCAUUUUUGGAAUUACAGUAGAGUCUCACUUAUCCAAGCUAAACAGGCCGGCAGAACCUUGGAUAAGUGAAUUUGGGUUUUUUUAUAAUAAGGAGGGAUUAAGGAAAAGCCUAUUAAACAUCAAAUUAGGUUAUGAUUUUACAAAUUAAGCACCAAAACAUCAUGUUAUACAACAAAUUUGACAGAAAAAGUAGUUCAAUACACAGUAAUGUUAUGUUGUAAUUACUGUAUUUACGAAUUUAGCACCAAAAUAUCAUGAUAUAUUGAAAACAUUGACCACAAAAAUGCCUUGGAUAAUACAGAACCUUGGAUAAGCGAGUCUUGGAUAAGUGAGACUCUAUCAGGUCAAAUAUAUCCAGAAACAGAGCUAACAUUUGAGGCACCAAAAUGUGUCUUGGCCAGUGAUUUAUGGAUUUAAUUAAUAUUAUCUCUCUAGGACAAUGGUUCUCAAUCUGGGAUCCCCAGAUGUUUUUGGCUUUCAACUCCCAGAAAUCCUAACAGCUGGUAAACUGGCUGGGAUUUCUGGUUGUUGUAGGCCAAAAACAUCUGGGGCCCACAGGUUGAGAACCACUCCUCUAGGAAUUUCUAGAUCCUUCAGUAAGACUCUGUUGUCACCUUCCUCCAGAAGUUGACUAUAGUGUUGUGUUGGAGGACCUAGAGCAGUGGUUCUCAACUUGUGGGUCCCUGGGUGUUUUGACCUACAACUCCCAAAAAUCCCAGCCAGUUUACCAGCUAUUAGGAUUUCUGGUAGUUGAAGGCCAAAACAUCAGAGGACCCACAGGUUGGGAACCAUUGACCUAGAGAUUCCUUUAAAAACAACUUCUCUAGAACCUGAAAGUCCUCCAGGACAACUCUAUGGUCAACUUCCAGAGUGUGUUGUCCAUAGAAUUUGACUGGAAAGCCUUGAGAUUUCUUGAUAGUAGCCUCUCAACUUUUAAAAAAAGCAAUUUUUAUUCAUUUUUUUCUACUUUCACAGGGAUCCUGCACCCCUAAUUGCAGGGAAUGUAGGGGGCUGACUGUAUUACUUAUACUUUGCCUUAGCAGUGGCUGAAAGACAGUAUUCACCCCUUAAACUGCCUAGAUAAUAAGUGUUCCAUGACAGGACAGAGAACAACAGGGAGUCUCAAAUUGUCUGUUGGGAGUACUGUUUUUUCAUCUUUUGCAAGGCUUAUUGUCUAGUUCCUUAAGCACUCUGAUUUAUUUAAUGGUAUCUAAAAUACAUGGGCUAUGGAUUUUUUUUUAAAAAAGCUCACAGUUAAUAGAAAUAUUAUUGCAAUGUAAUAAGACUAUAUGUUGUAUGAUGUUCUCAUAUUUAACUGACAUGAUUGUACAGAA